AAGAAGGCGAAAUGUGCACAAUUGGGGGGUGAAAAGCGCAAGCGUAUCCACGAUUCCAUUCUGCAGGUCCGAAAGGAGUUUUAGUCGCGCUAGUUUUACGCGCUCGACAGCGAAUCGGUCGCCAACUUGAACUCCAAUUCGACGAAUUAAUCUCAAAGUUUUUUGAAGUUCGGCAUAGAAGAAACGCGCCGCAAAAUGGGCAAGAAGAACUCCAAGUUGAAGCAGGACACCAUCGAUAGACUAACGACUGCUACUUAUUUUACCGAAAAAGAGAUCCGGCAAUGGCACAAAGGCUUUCUCAAGGACUGCCCCAAUGGACUUCUCACAGAACAGGGAUUUAUCAAAAUAUACAAACAGUUCUUUCCGCAAGGCGACCCAUCAAAAUUCGCCUCGUUAGUGUUCCGAGUGUUCGAUGAAAAUAAUGACGGCUCGAUAGAAUUUGAGGAAUUCAUCAGGGCCCUUUCAGUGACGUCGCGAGGAAACCUGGACGAAAAGCUGCAUUGGGCUUUCCGACUAUACGACGUGGACAAUGAUGGCUUCAUCACAAGAGAGGAAAUGUACAAUAUUGUGGAUGCGAUCUAUCAGAUGGUGGGUCAACAGCCAUCUGAAGAUGAGAACACGCCGCAGAAACGAGUGGAUAAAAUUUUCGAUCAAAUGGAUAAAAAUCACGACGAUCGACUUACUCUUGAAGAAUUUCGAGAAGGUUCGAAAGCAGAUCCGCGUAUCGUGCAAGCGUUAACAUUAGGAUCUGAAUAACAUAAGGAGGAAGGCAUUAAGCCUGAUCCAGUAUGACGUUCUAACGGGUAAACUUACUAGUUUGUAGUGGAUAUGUGCUUAAAUUGUUCUUAAGUCAUAGUAACGUAAUGUAUUUAUUCUAAGCAGCAAUUGUGACUUUAUCAGUUUCUACGUAAAAAACAGCGCAAUUCGACUUCUUCACAGUUCUUUAAAGCUGGGAAAACCGUGGAGUUCUGAGUACGAAACUUGAAAUCCCGAUUUUUUUAGUUGUACAUUUAUAAUCGAUAAAUGCUGCUUAGUUUCGUCUGAUUACGAAAGUACGUUAAUCGGUAAAGCCGUAAAAUCUAACUGCAAAAUGAAGCAAACUGCUUGAAGAAAUCAAGCAGUCUUCUUUAGGUUGCACAUAGUGCUAUAAGCAAUUGUUUUUUAUGCUGUUAUAUAAGCCAGUAUAUAAAUGCCAAAAAAUUACUUCGUCUAUAUUGUGAUAACUCCUUGAUUUCACCACGUUCAUUUCGGUCACAAUCUUGUGACGACUAUAGUUUUAAUCUAUUUAGCCACACAUAAGCAGACUAAGACUGCGCAUAACAGUGGCUUUAUUAGACCGUAAGAAUUGAUGUUCGCAAUAAAAUGUAUAUAUAUAAUCGUUA